AUGCUACCGUACAGUUCGUAUGCGGCCGCGAUUCAGCAGAUCCAAAGCCUUAACCACGAGCUGGCAAUGUUCAAUCAGCAUGCGGGUGGGCGCCAUUUACCGCAUCCUGAGCACAGUGCGGCCACUCUGGGCAGCUCGUACUUCGGGCUGAAUAACUGGUCACUUCCGUUCUCGUUUUUGAAAUCGGUACAUCGACCGGAAAAGCCACCGUUCUCGUAUAUCGCGCUCAUCGCGAUGGCCAUCAGCAGUGCCCCGAAUCAGCGGCUCACGCUUAGCGGUAUCUACAAGUACAUCAUGGAUAACUUCCCGUACUAUCGUGAAAAUCGCCAAGGCUGGCAGAACUCGAUUCGGCACAAUCUCUCGCUGAACGACUGCUUCAUCAAGGUGCCGCGAGACAAGGCGUCCGCUGGCAAGGCGCUACCGGUGGAUGAUCCUGCCGCUGGUGGAGAAGGUGGCGGCAACGGGGCAGCCAGUAAUGGUGGUGCAGGUGGCAAGGGCAGCUACUGGAUGCUCGACCCCUCAGCGAACGAUAUGUUCGAGCAGGGCAAUUACCGGCGCCGGCGAACUCGCCGCCAGCGCAACGCGAAAUUGAUCCUCAACGGCCACUUUCAGGGAGCUCCGUUUACGCUGGCAUUUCCACCGGCAGCACCGCCACGGGGACCAGACUUCAUGGACGCAGUGUCAUCGGGUGGCCGACGGAACGAAACCACCGAUCUUCAUCAUCUGAUAGUGCGAAAUGAUUUGAUCCAGUCACCGACCGACCUUCCGGAUCCGGGGGCGCUUCUUCUCGGUGCCGGAUGUUACCACCGUACCCAUCCGUAUGUCCACGGGCCAUCACUAGCGCCCUCUGGUGGGGCUUCAUUAACCGAUAAGAACCCGCGGGAUGGUGCCGGUGGUUCCUUGGGAGAGUGGCCAAACAGGACGAAUACCUUCAAGCAGUUCGGUGAAUCCGAUUCGUGCGAUCCUGGUGUUCCGGUGAGCUCUGGGGACGUGCUCGAGGAACUGCUCGAUUUUCCGGUGCACGCAGGAUCCGAUGGGGAGUACGAAAGUGAACCGAAAGAAGCUCCAGUGUUCCGACGCAGCAGGAAAGGUGAUAAUUGCCUGGACCAACAACAAUUUCCCGCUGUGCACUUCCCAGCCGGUUCGUUGGAUGCGUUUCUGUUGAACGAAUUGGGCGGAUUGAAGGUCCGUGGGUGUGAUUUGGGUGCGUAUCCAUUUAGCUCCGUGUCUGCCAGCACCUCAAACAGCCCAAUAGACGGUCGUAGGUCCAACUCGAUCGAGGUGUACGCAGCAACAGGAGUUCCGGAACAAGCGAGCAGCUAUGGUGCGUUCGGAGACGGCCCGUGUGUACCUGAGAUCGCACCUAACUCGACACUUUCGGCCGGUCCAGCAGCCGCCCUGACGAAGGGUUGCAGCGCAAACAACACCCGUCCUGGUUCAGACGAAAGUCCAAAAGCCCACGAACCACCACGGCCAGCGUCGAUGGAACGGCACAUUCGGAGCACGAAAGUCGGUAGCCUUAAGUCGAGCAGUUUCACCAUCGAAAGUAUCAUGCGGCGGGAGUAG